UUCGUCGGCAGUGCCUCGGGACCGGCCAACUUUCCGGACGCCAACCGUUACAUGGAGGCAGUCAUCAGGAGGCUGAUGCAGUUGCACACGGGACCCCAGAGACGCCAGAAUUCUCCUACCCUCACCAGAUGGAGUCUGAUCCUGGCAUCCUACACCAAGAUCAGCGAUGUGGUGCUGGACAACCCCAGAGUAAUGGCCAUGACAGCUAUCCAGCUCCUGGCCAUCAACAACACCACUCUCCUGCUGUGGGACAGAAGGAGGCAGAAGAAGCGAGAGGAACAGGUCCUGUCCCAGGGAAUUGAGAUUUCGGACCCCCCUGUGACGGCCGCCCAGCCAGUCCCGCCAGCCCUGACCCGUCCAGACACCUUGGUGUCCCAGACCGCCCCUGCCUUCAGGUACGUGUUGCCUCCCAACACUGCCGGCCAGACACGUACUAGGAUCCGGUCUCCUCCGUCGUCGCCCAACAGGAUGCCGUCCCCGCUCAGACUCCCAUCCCCGCCCAGACUCCCGUCACCGACCAGACUCCCGCCGCCGUCCGUCGUCCUCCAGCCGUACCAACAGCGCACGGUCCCAGUCGUGCUGAUAGGUCCGUUGCGACCGUCCAAGUCUACGGCCAGCUACAGGAGGAAGGUGGAGAAGAAGAGAGCCGAGGGGGAGAGAGUUAAGACUUACACUCCCAGGGUCGGACCGAACAAGUGCGGGAAGUGUGGGGCAGCCAAGAUCGCUCCCACACACAGGCAAUAUUUCGGCAACUGGUUCUGCCAGGCCACCGCCGAGCAGUCCUACGAGGAGUGGAUGAGAGCGAUGAUUGCCAGGGGAUACACCAGUCGCAAGAGGAAGGCACCAGAUGACCCAUCAGAGGAACCCCCACCACCAGUGAACUAGAUACCAAAAUGUUUUAAAAAAUAACCAAAAAAAUUUAAAAACACAAAAAACACCAAAAAAAACUUUUAAUGCUGCCUAAAUUUAUAUGAAUCCAUUGUAUAGAUUUUGAAGGUCCCAAGCCCUUAUGAAAAGCAGAGGGAAAGACUGUAUAUAUUGUAAAUAAGUUGUCUUUAAAUGAAAUGGUUGUGAACAUAACAUAUUUUUUCUUACUUUAUAUAAAUGCAUAAAAAAAUC